GGUAUUCAGUUUUGUGCAAGUAGAAAAUUGGCAACCCUAGGGUUUUGACAUAUUUUCUGAUUCUCACAUACACUUGCCUCUGGGUGCUGGGGCUUUAAGAAAUACCCCAAAUAUCACAAGAUUUGCAAUAAAUUCACCAACGUUGGCUAUGCUGCCUAAGGGACGCAUAAGAUGACUGGCUGCAUUUAAGGGGGUCUGUGGAAUGCCUGGAAUGUAGCUACAGAGUCCUAAAAUGUAUCUCCUGGGAUCCUAAAAUGUGGCCCACAUGCUCUCUCCCAUUAACCAUAUGGUGAGAACAAAACUGUUUUUAGUAUUGGCCUUCUCAAGCCAUUUCUAGACAUCUCCCAAGGACAAUGCAAGCACACACGCAGGUCCCUUACCGUAAUAAAGUCUAGGCUCUUGUGUGUUUUUCCCAUCAUAUUUCCCAAGAGACAUUUUUACUGUACCUUUGUUUGGCAGGGAUAGUACCUCCUUGUCCAUCUACAACAUGCCCACCAUGCUACGGUUGUUAUAGGAAAAUAAAACAAUGAUUAGAAAACACAGGCCCCAGUCCUGCAUGAAACUCUGUGUUGGGUGCAGGGUGGUCAGUACAGAAGCAGGGCCAUAGCACUGUCUAGUGAUUAGAGCCUAGUGAUUAUGGGACUGUGGGGGGGAGGGUCAGAAUACGUGGUUUUUGUUCCUGACUCUGCCACUGCUUCAUGCAGUGAUCCUGGGUAAGUCACUUCACUGCUUUGUGCCUCCGUUUCUCCAUCUGUAAAUUUGGGAAAAUAAUAUCCACCUCACAGUGGGGUUGCAUGAGGCAGACUCAGCCCUUGGGGAGCGCUAUGAAGAAGGAAACACAUCAUUUAAUAAAAUGGUUAAACAUUUUGGCCCAGAGUCACAAAAGUAUUUAGGUUCCUAAUAUCCAUUGAAAGCAAUCGAAGUUAUGACCCUAAAUACCUUUGUGGAUCCAGGCCUUUGGAACUAAUGCCGAAGGGGAACAUUUCACGCAACAAACUAAGGCCAUGAUCCACCAAGCUGCUCCACGUGGAUGGGCGUCUGUGACCGCACAGAACCUGGCCGAUGGAUUUCAGUGGGGCUCUGUGUAAGUGCUGGGAUCCACCCACAGGAAGCAGCUUGCAGCAUCACGGUCUAAAGAAAUAAGGCCCAGAUCCUCAAAAGUACAUAGGCUCCUAACUUCUGAGUUGGGCCUAAAUGAACAAAAUCCUGGUGCAGGUGAAUCAUUUCCUUUUGCUGCUGCCUUCCAGGUCCUUAAAGGUACAGAGAAUAUGUAGCCUGGUUUUUGGGAGCUAGCAGAAAGUGAAAACAAGCAGCCAGGCCUGGUCACAAGUCGAGAGCUGCUGAGCACCCAUGGCUCCUGAUGAAGUAACUGGGCUCGGCAGCCCCUAUGCACAGAAAGGUGUUCAGUCAAAUGCCGUCGCCACCAUCCAGUACUGAGCAGCAUCCUGCUUUGGAGAGGUAACUGUACCUGCAGCAGGUGAGUAACUUAAUUCCCACUGCAGCUAAGUCCCACCCCUUGCCUAUCCUCAUUGGUGGUGACACCAGCCAGCUCCAGCUGGGCCACUUCUGAUAGUGUGAGAUUCCUUCAAUGAGACUGAAGUAAGGAGACACGUCUCACUUUCUUCUGCCCUGGGCACAGAACAGAGCGUGAGUGAGAAGGAGCCCACCCUGCUGCGCUCAGCACUACCAGCAAGAGACUUCCCCUGAAACAGAGACAGAGCGUGAGAACUCAAGCCAGAAUGAAAAGCCUGAAGGCCAAGUUUAAGAAGACUGAAAGCCACGACUGGGGUAAGAAUGAUGAGAAGCUCCUACAGGCCGUGGACUACAACGACCCCGAGAAGGUGACGGCUCUACUCCUCCGCAAGGGCCUGGUCCCCACCAAACUGGACUCGGAGGGCAAAUCCGCGUUCCACCUGGCUGCAAUGAGAGGGAACGUGGACUGCCUGGAAGUGAUGCUCGCUCAUGGAGCGGACGCCAUGACCACAGACAGCUCCGGGUACAACGCGCUCCACCUGGCCGCGAAACACGGCCACCCGCAGUGCGUGAGCAAACUGCUGCAGGCAUCUUGCCCGGUUGAUGGAGCCGACAGCAGCGGUCGGACAGCGCUCCACCAUGCAGCUGUCAGCGGCUGCAUCUCAUGCUCAGAGAUUCUCUGCGAUUUCAAGGCCUCCUUGAAUACCAAGGACAAGGAUGGCUCCACCCCUCUGAUCCUGGCAGCUAAGAUGAGCCAUUCAGAGCUGUGCCGGUACCUGCUGCAUCACGGAGCUGCUGUGAACAGCAGAGACCAGCAAGGCAGAACGGCCCUGAUGCUGGCCUGCGAGAACGGCAGCGUGGAGACGGUGGAAGUCCUCAUCCACGCCGGGGCGCGGGUCGGCAUGGUGGACGCCAGGGGCCAGGACGCAGCCCGCUACGGCCUGGCCACGGGGAACGCCUUGAUCCAGCACUACCUGCAGGACGCCUCCCAGCGCCACUCCUGGGCCAGCGGUAAGGUGCCCUGGCCACGUCCUUCCCGAGGUCUCAGAGCACCUUGCGAUCACCCAUGCGGCAGCGUCUCGCCCCUGCCCAGGGGGAGGCGGCAACGUCCCUGCUUUGCAGAAGAGGAGUCGGCUGAGCGAACGUCGCAGACGGCGUCGCCGAGCCAGCCUCCGCCCAACGAGAGGAACGGCAGCCCGAGAAAGAGGAAAGCCCCUCCACCGCCCCCCGGCACCUCCAGCCAGCGCGCCCUACGCUCUCUGGAGCACAGCUCCCCUUCCACAGAGCGGAGCAGCCGGAUAGUCACCGCCAAGCCUGCCAGGGCUCGCCCCGCCCCAGCUGACACGGAGGACAGGGAGGCCUACGAGGAGAUCGUCCGGCUGAGGCAGGAACGAGCUCGGUUCCUGCAGAAGAUCAAGGGCUUAGAACAGCAGCAGGAGAAGCAGAAGCGGGAGCAGCUGGAGUUGGAGGAGGGCUCCCUACGCUCCAUGGAGAAGCAGCUAAAGGAACUCCAGCAGCAACUGGCGGACAGUGAGGGGGAAAAGGAGCAUUUGGGGAAGGAGGUUGAAGUGCUCCGGAGCCGCCUGUCCUUGCUGGAGACCGAGAAGGAGAACACCAGCUACGACAUCGACACGCUGCAGGACGAAGAGGGGGACCUGCUGGAAUUCCCAGGGGCAGAGCUGCUGCUGUCCAGGAAGACCCUGAGUUUGUCCACGGAGGAGCUGCUGGCCACGUUGCAGGGCCAGGUGCAGUCGCUCACCAUGCAAAACCAGGAGCUGCUGGAGAAGAUACAGAUCCUGGAGAAUUACGAGAAAGACGAGAGUGACGUCUGCCCGUCUGAAGUCUUCGUCCCCAUCGUCCUCUACAACUCCCUCAAGUCGGAGUUUGACCAGCUCAGAGAGCAGCACGCUGAGGCCCAGGCUGCCCUGCAGGCUCUGGAAGGCAGCGGGCCCCACGGGGCCUCCUGUGAGCUAGUCCCGGUAGAGGCUUACAAGCAGCUGAAGGCUGAAUACGAGAUGCAGAUCCAGGCCCUAGAGCAAGAGCUUCAGGGGAGCAGCGCCCCAGCUGAGCCCGAGGGGAAAGGCCAGGCUGGGGUGCAGGCAGAAGGAAGCAGCAGGGAAGGAGGGGCUGGAGAUGCGGCUAUGGAAGAGCUGACCAAAACGCUGGCUGAGACGCGGGAGAAGUACGAGGCGGCUGUGGCUGAGGCAUGGCUCCUGCGGGAGCAGAUCCAGCUGGGCAUCCUGUCCGUGGAGGAGCCGGAGGCGGCUGAGAGCUCCGGGAGCGAGCUGGAGACGGUGAGGGCAGCUCUGCAGAAAGCCCAGGAGGCCCUGCUGGAGAGAGACCAGAGGGUGAAGGAGCUGGAGGGGCGCCUGGAUGCCCAGGAAGAAGCAGCCGGUGGAGGCCGCUCCGCCGAGGAGACGAGGGCGGCCCUCGGCGUCUCCUCGGGAGAAGCCGCGGCGGAGAAGGCCGCGCUGCUGGACAGGUGCCGCCACGCGGAGGCAGAAGCGGAGCAGCUGAGGAGGAGCGUGCAGGAGGGAGCCGGGGAGCUGCAGCAAGCGAUGGGCCGCCUCUCGGAGAGCCAGAGGCUGGAGGAGGAGAGCCGGCAGCUCCACGAGCAGCUGGCAGAGCUGCGGGGGCAGUACGAGGAGGUGCAGGCCCAGCUCCGAGAGGAUCAGGGCAAGAGGGAGGAGGAGCUGAGCGGCCUGAAGGAGCAACUGGCUUCUGAGAGCAUCUCCAGGCAGGAGCAGGAGGAGGUGGCGGGGAAGCUGGGCGGGUCGUUGGCCGAGGCCAACAAGAAGCUGCUGGAGCUGGAGGAGAGGCACAGCGCCGCCCAGAGGGAGGUGAGGGAGCUGCAGCAUGCGGCGGAGCGGUACAGGCGGGACUGGGUCCCGCCGGCCGAGCACGCCCGAGCCAAGGAGGCCCUGGAGGGCAGCGUCCGGGAGCUGAAGGCCAGAGCCCAGCAGCUGGAGCAGGAGCUGGCCGCCAAAGCCCAGGAGGCCUUGCGGCUGCAGGGCGAGCUGGCCAGCACUCGGGAGGGCACGGUCCCCAGGGAGGAGCACGAGCAGCUGCGGUGCAGCCUGCAGGCGGAGGCGAGCGCGCUGAGCCUGCAGCUCAGCGACCUGGAGCGCAAGCACGAGAAGACCUGCACGGAGGUGUUCCAGGUGCAGCGCGAGGCCCUCUUCAUGAAGAGCGAGAAGCACGCGGCCGAGGCCCAGCUGGCCGCCACGGAGAAGCAGCUGCAGAGCCUGCGGGCCGAGUCCGGGCGGAUCCAGGAGCUGCACGGCCACAUCGAGGACUCAGCCAAACUGGUCAAGGAGAAGGACAGGAAGAUCACCGAGCUGUCCAAGGAAGUCUUCAAGCUGAAGGAGGCCUUGAACAGCCUGUCUGAGCGCUCCGGCCAGGUGGGGGCCCUGCCCAAGGCGGCCCCACAGAACCCGCAGGAGGUGGCGAAGCUGCAGAGCAUGAUAAAGGCCUUGGAACAGCAGCUGGCCGAGACGGAGACGCACCACCGCAAGGUCGUCUCGCUCUACCGGAAUCACCUGCUCUGUGCGAUUCAGGGCCACAUGGACGAAGACGUGCAGAGACUCUUGCACCAGAUCCUGAUGAUGCAGAGGCUGCAGGAGCAAGGCAGAUGAGCUCCCCGGGGCCAGGGAGCCCGGCCCGGUUCCUGGUUCUGAGCAGGGGAGCGGAGUGGAUUCGCACGCGGAACCGGCUGGACUCCAGCGUCAAGCGGUGUGGCGAGGCCCUGUGGCCAGCUGGCCCUUUUUUGCACGCACCUCCUCACCAAGAUCAAGGCACACGUGUGUUGGGUGACCCCUGGGGCGGCACCUUUGCUCCCCGUUCCUGGGCAGCCUGUGCUGGGAGGUGCCCGUGGGCAGGUGGCUGGAAGGUGCCUCGUGGCAAGGUGUAGGCCCAGCUCACACGGCCCUUUCCACGGGUGCUUUCACCUCGGCAGCCUCCUAGACGGGAUGGGGGAAGCAGGCUCCUGACUGGGCGAUGCCACUGGGCGAGGGGCCCAUCCUCGCUCCGUGGGCAGAAGGGAGCAGGGAUGGGGAGAGGCUGCGGUAACUCACCAGCUCCUGCCUGCGUCUCUCAGCAGAGCAUCCACAGCAAUAAACUCUUUGUACUCACUCA